AGUCUCUUUCCAAUGUAUCUCACAAAUCUUAAUCAGGAGUGCCUGCUUCAUCUUUUUUCAUUCUUGGAUAAAGAGAGUCGGCGAAACAUGUCUCUGUCCUGCAAACGUCUCCGAGCAGCCUUCCUGGACCCUCAGCUCUGGUCUCUGCUCAACUUUUUCUCCCCUAGUGAGCUUACGAGGAACAACUUCAUCCUUGGCCCCUUUUUGAGGUACCUGAAUAUAUGUUGGCAUUCCAGCAGGGUCAAAGUGUGCAACAUUGAAGACUAUAAGAAGACGAUGUUCCAGAAGGACCUCUGCAGCAAGCAUACAAGCUUGGUCAGCCAUUUCCUGGCGCGUGUCUGCCACAUGUGUCCAAACUUGCUGUCCCUAACCCUGUCUGAUUGUGGACACAUCACAGAUGGAGACGUGAUCAACGUGCUGCACAGUUGCAGGCGCCUGCAGCGACUGUGUCUGGAGAACUGCUGCCGCGUGACAGAUGCUGUGCUGGAGGCAGUAAUAACCCACGGAGGCAGUUUGCAGGAAGUGAGGGUGGAUUUCUGCAGGAAUAUAACACACACAGGGCUGCAGACCUGCAGAGACAAGAGGCCUGGAGUUCAGCUAGUUGCUGAACGGAGUGCAGGGAUGAUACCGGACACUCAGCCUGAGGAAAAACUGCACAUCAGGAGAGCACUACAGAAAGCCCUUAUCUUUUCCUGAAAACCAAGGAUGGGGAUGGGAAGAUGAGAUGUUUUCUGAGACC